CUGGCCUUAUCGCGUUAUCGGGCUGUCAGGUGGAUAUCUAGUGGUUGGUCAAUAACAUGAGCACGUCGUGCCGCGCGAAGUGAAACUUGAUAAACUCUACCCUUUUACCAAACAUGUCAUAAUACUGGCCACAAUUUGCAUCUACAUCAUUGUCGAAAAUCCACAAGGCUAAGCGAGCAUCCUUCCCAAGUUACCAAUACGGACAUUUGUUGACACUCUGAUUGGUCACUGAUGCCAUGACGGUCACCACUCCCUCGGACGAUCAAGUCCUCGCAGCAGUCAACGCAAUUCGCCAAGAAAAGCCCAACUUAGGACGAUCCAAGAUCCGCAGUCUUCUCAAGGAAGAGCAUCAAUGGCAAGUUUCAGAAGAUCGACUCAAGCGACUCAUUCCCGCAGUCAAUCGGCCAACAACCUUGCCAGCAACUGUCCGAGCGACAACCAGCCUACCUAUUCUAGCAAAUACCAAUGCAGAUGUUUCCGAAACCACCAGAAAUUCUCGCAAGAAAGGCGGCCUCAGAGCUCGUAAUGCCGCCUUGCAAGACGUCAUGCGACCCGUCGAAUUCUGGCUCAACCAAGCCCACAAAAAUGCCGAUGCUCGUUCUCUUGCCAACGAGCUCGGCUUGAUCUUUCCCAACGGUGAUCCUUACGGCUUCAAAGCCGGACUUGUGUACCCCAUACGCCGCCUGGUAAUAACCGGCCGCGAUACCCCGGAGAACUUCCGCAUCCUUUUCGGCCAGGAUGCAAUCCCGGAUGUGCACGCACAGACGCGCAAGGAAGUCCUGAUGAGUUUUUAUGUAGAGGACGGUUCACCCAGUCAGAUGUUGAACAGUUUUCUGGAUGAGGGGUGUCCUUGUUGGGCUCCAAGGCCUGCUAAUGCGAUUGAGCAGGAGGAGAUACUGAGACAGAGGGAGAAGAGUCGAGAAUUUGCCGCGAUCAUGCAAAGCGUGGGGCUGUAAUCAGGGAGAAGACUCCGCAAUAUUAAUAUUUGAUGCUGCUAAGUAGUGUGGAAUUGGUGGCUUGAGGUCACGGUGAGGUACAACACCAUACAAUAGUUGACCCCAUGCCCAACCCAUGACAGAAGGUCCUGAGAACGGCUACGUCACUUUCCUCCGACAUGCAUUAUCAAGAGUAUAUCAUAGAGCAGCUUGCGUAGCUGAUCAUCAGUGACUCCGCAACCGGCGGCGUCAGCAGCCUCAAUUUACAAGCUGUCGGUAAUAUCACUUCGCAGCAUGACAGUACCGUAACAGUAUAUUCGAUUAAGGAUAAAAUAUUUGUAAC